GAUCAGCUAGAAAUAGUUUUUGACUCAGAAUCUAGAAAACUGAGGUUCUAUGUCCCUGUACAAAACUUGUACAAUCUUCCUAUGAUCUGUACCUUCUAAUAUCCACCCGCUUCCAGCUUUUACUUUCAACAUAAAUCGCCCUAAAGGAAAACUCAGAAGGAGGAAGGGAGAGUUUUUAUUGCUGUUGUGUCCUCAGGUCAGAAGGGGAAGAAGCAGGGACAGAAGAGCUUGCAUCCAUUUCUUUGUGAUGAAGAGAGAAGUUAAAACAUGACUGCUACAACCUACCAAAUCCUCCCUCAGAUGUCUAUCCUUUCAACUCCUUCUCUGUUCUCAAAUACCUGCUCCCACCAUCCAAUAUACCAUGUGGUUAGAAGCACACUGGAAGAACAUCCGUCAAGCCCUGUUGCUUCUUUUCACUGCUGCUCUUCUCAUCGGGGUCACCAUGCUUGCUAUUUCAUCCAACAUUAAUCCAGUAGGCUACUUCUUCUUAGGGGUAGGUGGAGUGUGCCUGAUCGGCUAUUUGCUGAGUGUAUUUGUUGAGUGUUACCUGAAGAAUCAGCAUCGACAUGACACAAAUGAGAGAACUCCAAACAAUCAAAGCCAAGAAGGGAUUAAUGCUGCCUAUGAAGCACCUACAUACGAGGAGGUGAUGACCAUGUCAGUGCCAGCAAUAUGGACAAUAGCAUCCAAUCCAGGAUCAGUGCCUUCACCGCUGAGCGAGCCUCCCCCUUAUAAUGUAGUUAUUGAAUCAAUUGCCCAAGGAGAGACUGCGGAGGUAAUUCCUGGGGUCUUAGUAGCAUCAAACACAAGGAGCGCGUCCGAGACAGACAGAGACUCCAGGAUGCACUUGCAACUGGUUCUGCCCCGAAACCAGCAAUGCUUUGUUUCAGACAUCAAUGAAAUGAAAGGCAAUGCAGAUAGGUUUGAGCCAGUGGAACCACUCACUCCACCACCUGCUUAUGAGAGUGCCAUCAAUGAUGAAGUCUUUGAUGAUGUUUUCCAGCCCUCCAUAUUAUGAUUAAUUCCACUUUCUAUGAAUGCAGGACCAAACCUUCACCUUGAUACAUUAAGUUUGGCUUUCCGUUCAUUGAAGCAAAGCUGAACUAGCAUCUAAUUCGCUAGUGCCCUUUUUGCACAAAAUAGAACUCACUGCAAUACCACGAUGCCUCACCUUGCAUAAGAUAAACAAAGCCACUGAGAAGAACAUUGUGUGAUAUACAGCAGCAACUGGAAAUACACCUUUUGUGGGGAGGAAAGUGAAUUGUAAAGAAAGACAACCUGCAUCGGAAAGGAGAGAAACAGAAGCAUUACAAACAGCAGCAUCUGCGGUCAUCAACCACAUCACCACAUCAACCACUAAGAGACUGAGUCUGCAGUUCCAUGAUUAUAAAAGUGUUGGCACAACGUUCUGUGCUUUCUGUUGCGACCCCUCUGCUGUAUUCCCACCAUUGCUUUAGUUGUGCUGUGACUAAGAAGAGAGUGGCUGUGCUCAUCUGAAAGCAAGCACCACCUAGUACCUACCACUUCACUGCUAACCAGCUUGAGGUUGAAAAUCUCACAGCAGGAAUGGCAUUAAGAAAUCACAUAUGCUGUUCAGAAGGUUUUUAUCCUACACAGCCUCCAGACUGUUGACUGGAGGAAGAUAAUAGCAUUUUUUUCUCCCUCUGAGAAAGGGAGAACAUAUACAUAUCCUCUGUCCGGAGCACCAAUUUUUACAGUUCUACAAGAGAGUUUAUUUAUGUUACAGUGCAGGCUCAAACAGACUGAUGAAGAUACUUUCCUGUCAUCAUGGCACACAUAAAAAGGUCAACAACUUGAGUUUGUUGUAACAAAAAACAUGGAGGUUUUUUUCCAGAACCUGGAAAGGACCAGCCUCUCUGUCAAGGCAAAUAGGAGCCACAAAGCACAGAUGGCCUUCAUCAGUACAGCUCUCCUUUUGAGUCAGGUUUGAGCUCUAUCAAUUAACGGUGCUAAACAGUGUUUUAAAAUGGGCCAGUUAAACUACUAGGAUCUGCAGAACUAAAGUGGUUUGCAGUAUGCAAAGAGACACUCAGAUCUGAUGAAUGUUGAAGUUUUUAAAAAAUAGAGAAAAAUGGUCAUCCGAAUCUAUUUACGAUUGAGAAUAACCAUCAUCACAGCAUCGUUUCCUAUGACUACAUCACUUUUAACUCAUAUCAUAAGCUAAAAGCAAAUAAAUUAUUUCUUAUUGCUUGAUUCUUCAUAGUUGAAAAGGUUGUAUAUUGUUUAUAAAUAAACAGGAAUACAUAAGAAAUACCUAG